CGCCGGUGUGUACAACCCCGCCUUGUACGUCACGGCCGCCUCGCCAACCCGCAGCAAGUAGUCCGCACCCGCCGGCAACACCACCAGCGAGUCGAGCGAACAGAAAACCCGCUCCACCCGGUACGUCGGGUUCGUCAUCGCCGCCGUCAGGUCCAGCGCGACCCACUUCUCCUCGGGCGAAAUCCACAGAUCCAGGUCGUCAAUCAGGAAGCAAAAGACGUCAGCAUACACCAACGCCGUCUUCGGGUAACAGGCCAUGUCCUUCAGGUUGUCCUCCAACCGUGACGGCAACAACAACCGCUGGUACUCCUGGUAGAACGGCGCCACCUCGUACAGUCGCCGGAUCGACGCCAUCAGUUCCGCCGGCAAGCUAUAACCCUCCUUCAUCGACAACAGCCACGGGUCCGCCCGCGGCGUCACGAUCGAGGAACACAUCGUGCCCGGCGCGGCCUG